GUUGCCCUCGCCCUCGUCGUCAGCCCAUCCCUCGGAGCGAUGUUCAUCCUGCCCGCCCACGGCGCCGCCGCCGCGCUCCCGCAGCCGCUCGCGCACCUCGCCGCGCACUCCGCCGGGCCGCUCCUCCGCUCGUGGCCCGCAGCUCUCGUGCUCGCCCUCGCGCUCGUCCUCCUUGUUCGCGCCGCCGUCGCUGUCGCUACCUUCGCCCUCGCCCGGUUCCGCCCGAAGGCCGUCCCGAGCGGCCCCGGCGCCAAGGAGAAGCAGGCGCAGGAGGCGCACCCGUCCCCGGUGCCCGCCGAUGCGAACGGCCAUGCCCAGCAAGGGCCCGCGAAAGGCCGCUGGUGGAACGGGCUGUUCCGGCUGCGCGCGAGUUUGCCGCCGCUCAGCCUUGCAGAGGCCCUCCCCAUUACGCUCCACCCGCCCCCGCCGCCGGUUAUGCGGGGCCGAUACGUGUACCGCGGCGGAAGGGGCGUGGGGUUCAGCACCCGCAAGGAGACGGCGUUGGCUGUGGAGACACCAGUGCCGGCGAUCUACGAGACCCAGACCCCCGCGUCGAUGGCGAAGCUCAUCAUGAGCAGGCAUACCUACCGCCGGCCCACCCCGCCGUCGCUGCCCCAAGCCCCGCGCCGCGUGCGCGCCCCUUCAAUAAUCAGCGCGCCGCCGAUGCUCCCGCCCUCGCGCUCGCCGUCGCCGCCGUCCCGCUCGCCGUCGCCCCCCGCCGAGGAGCCCUAG